UGCUUAGCUCUUCUCAUGCGACAUGAGUCUACUAAGUCACACUUGUGCCUUAUGCAAGUUUUAGAUUCCAAGCUAAGAACAACACACAAAACGAAGACCAAAUCAUGAUAAAUUAGUGAGAUAGCAUCCGGGUGCUGGGAAAAGAAAAACAGACUAAACAUUUGUGGAUGGGCCCAUUGGGCUAGCCAUGCAUGGCCCAAUACAUAUAUAUACGGUCUGUUAGUUAUGGCGCUCUCUUUCUCUUUGUUUCAGUAGUUAUUAGUGCGUUGUAAAUUGUAAUUGUGUAAAGUGUAAACAAUCUUUCGCAAGAUCUCUCUCGGUCACAGCUAUGGAUCUCGGCCAGGUAUCCUGUAGGGGAAAACUACGCGAAUCCAAACGCUUGCUUCUUUCAUGUUCUAUUCAAGUUUUUGUGUCUGGCAGGCUGCGGCUUUGGCAUUUUACAUUCUCUCCGCCCUCUUCGUUGAUAACUUUGUCAUCAUUUUUGUGAUGACUGUCCUUCUGGCCGCUCUUGAUUUUUGGGUAGUCAAGAAUGUGAGUGGGAGGAUUUUAGUUGGUAUGAGGUGGUGGAAUGAAAUAAAUGAUUUGGGUGAGAGCGUUUGGAAAUUUGAGUGUCUUGACCAGGAGUCAUUGGCCCGGAUGAACAAGAAAGAUUCAUGGCUUUUCUGGUGGACGCUUUACCUUACGGCAGUUGCAUGGACUAUACUGGCAAUAUUCUCGCUCAUAAGGCUUCAUGCUGAUUACCUCCUAGUUGUAGGAGUUUGUUUGACUCUCAGUAUUGCAAAUAUUGUUGGUUUUACCAAAUGCCAAAAAGAUGCUAAAAAGCGGAUUCAACAAUUUGCCUCUCGAACAAUUGCCUCACGGGUCUCAUCAACAAUACAAUCAGCAUUCAGUGUUGUCUGAGUGGUUCACUAUCAAACUUGUAAAUGCAAGCUGAACAGUGCAUUGUGGAAAGUAAGGGGAUGUGAUGGUGGUUUGUAGAUGAUUAUUAUUUUGGCCACUUCCUAAUGAACUUGGCAAGUUGCAUAGUGUGACGCAGCAUAUACAAAAUUUUGUACCUUAAAUGUAACAGCUAGAGUAAGACUAUGAAUUCCCUAUUACAUGGUAAAAUAAUUAGUCGUUUUCAAGUGUAAAUCAUGUUUUCUUUUCUUUCUUAUUUUUGUUUGCGUCGGAGGUUUAAGAAAUCACAUUAUUUUGUUUUGUAUAGACUCUACCAUUAUGCAUAUGAUUACCGCUUAUAUUUGAUGUUGAUUCAU